AUGGCCAUGAGGAAGAUGGAUCUGGUUCUGUUGCGACAGCUGAUUAACAUUAGCCAGGCCAUACAGCGCAUCCAACGAACCGACCUGCCCAAAGUGGCCCGAUCUUUGACGAUUCUCAGCUCCAAAAGAACGCCCCAGCAACUGCACAAGCCAGUUGAGCGACAGAACAGUGCCCCUCACUGCGCCGACCGAAGACGCUUCUUGUUCAGUAAUGUCAGAUGGAAGACGGAUGAGGAUUAUAGAGAUUCGCUGAGUUCGUUCGACGAGAGUGAGUUCGAUUCUCAGAGUGAGCUGGAAGGAUCCUCUUCUUCCCUAAACAGCCCGACUACGAGCGUGUCCAGAACUUUCUCUUGCCCGCGCGUGUUAUUCCAGUCCUGCAACAUCCCUCUCUCCCUGGACCUCAGCGAGGAAGCUGACCAGAGCUACGAGGACAUCCUUCAACGAAACGUGCGCCUCUGGAAGAUGAGUUUCCAAAAACAGCAGUCUCAGCAGGAGAGAUUAGACGUGUGGUUUUAA